CCUCAGAUUCCUAACCAAAAAUCUCCAACCCUAAAACCCCCAAAUCUCAGAAAGCUUUCGAAAAUGUCUGGCCGUGGAAAGGGAGGCAAGGGUUUGGGUAAGGGCGGAGCCAAGCGGCACCGGAAGGUUCUCCGGGACAACAUCCAGGGGAUCACGAAGCCGGCGAUCCGGAGACUGGCGAGGAGAGGAGGGGUCAAGAGGAUCAGCGGGCUAAUCUACGAGGAGACCAGGGGAGUGCUGAAGAUUUUCUUGGAGAAUGUGAUUCGUGAUGCAGUGACGUACACUGAACACGCCAGGAGGAAGACCGUGACAGCCAUGGAUGUUGUCUACGCGCUGAAGCGGCAGGGAAGGACUCUCUAUGGGUUUGGAGGUUGAAGAUCUGGCCGUAUUAGAAAUGUAUUUGCGAUUUCUUUUGGUUUUAGAUGGUUUUAUUUUGGUUUAACAAAAUUUCAGCUUGAAAUGGAGGGGUUCGAUUUCCUGUGUAAUAUGAUCUGAAUUGAAUCUGAAUGCAGCUGAUUUCAUAUGAUUAGAGAAAAAAAAAAAUGCCAAAAUGGAGUUGAAUUC